GUCCCUCUGCAACCUUUUAAGCCUCUACUGAGAGACAGGAGGAGCACCGCUGCAUUUCAGGUGAAGUGCAGGGACUGUGGAGCUUUUGGGCACAAGGCAUCCAGCAGGAGGUGCCCCAUGAAGCACUGGGGCAGGGCCCUCGACCUCCAGGCUUUGGGCUCCAGGAAGCUGAAGGAGAACGUAGAACCACGGAGUCAGCAGGACCAGGAGAACCCUGGGCCCUUGAAGCAGGCUGAGAGGAAGAAGGGAGAGGGACCAAGGCAAGAAGCCCGGCAGAGGGAGGCCCUGCUCCAGAGAUUCCCCAGGAAACCCCAAAGGGGGCAGAAGCAAACCUGGAAGGAUUGCACAGAAUCCUGCAGCUAUGUGAGGCGUCCACACACGCCGAUGCCCGUCUAUACCACCAAGAGGGCGUCUGUCCUGGAGGCUCCCCUCCCAUGGGAGCCACCUACCCAAUCCGCUGACACGAGAGCCGGGUACCACUCAGCGGCUCCUCUCAGAAGCCCUUCAGGGAGCUUCUUCCCCCCUGGUGCACGACAUGAGGUACAGCGAGUGGUGUCCCCUGACAGACUCCUGGCAUGCCAACCCUAUGCCGGGGAGAGUGGCCUGGUUGUCCAUCUGACAGCAAAGAGGCCCCAAGAAGACUCCCUUGAAGUUUCCCAAGCUCUGUCCAAGGUGGAUGGCGUGCAGCAUGGCCAGGCACCAGCCAAGGGUCCCGAGCAGAAUGCACGUCCUAAUGCAAGCCACGGUAUGGUUCAGACUUCCCCAAACCACCUCAAGACAGCAGGCAAGAGAGGUGUUCAGAUCUCUCUAGAGACGGGCCUGAACCCCCGAAAGAAAGCACGCUGGAGCCCCUUCCAGCACCACCACAAGAGCAUACAGGAAAGCCAUCUGGGGGCUUCAGAGAGUCUGUGUCCUCCAGCAAGGAGAAGUGCAUAUGGACCCCCAGCAGCACCCCCACUGACCAGGAAGACACCUGCCCCAGUGCGAGUCAUCGACCUGCAGCCUGCCUGCCCCCGACCUCUCCUGGAAACGGUCCAGGCAUGCAUAGAAGCCCCACGUCCGCUUUCCAAGCCCACCCCUGGCAAGCCCCUGAGAAUGGUCUUCACGAGAUUGGACAAAGCCUGCUGGAGCUGCAGGUUCCUAACACCUCCCUUGCUCCAUCCUGCUGAGAAGUCAGCCCCUCUUGGUCAGGGCCCUCCUGUCAUUCGGAAAUCCGAGGGAUUCUUUGGUCACGUCCCUGUGAGUGUCCUCCAUGAGGACCUGCAGGUGUCCUCGUCCUCUGAAGACAGUGGGAGAGAGUGA